CCAAUAACCAAAGUUGUACUCUCAGAUGAAGAAGAUUAAUUAAUCUAAGCAAGUAAGUAAGUAAGCAAGGAUUAAUCUAAGUAUAAGAAAACAGGGUUCAGGAAAAAGUAAUCAAAAUGAAGAGAAAAGACUGUAAAUAGAAAGAGGGGAAAAGAAAACAAAAGUUGAGUGGGAGAGUGAAAAAGAGAAGAAAGUUGAGAAGAGGGGGGUUGGGUUGUUUUUCUCCUCCACAAUUAUUGGCAUCAAAUCCUUCUCUUUGGGAUUCGCACUAUUGUUGAAUUCCAAGAUCUACACUUUCUCCAAAAACCCUCUGUCUCUAUUUCAUCUUCAACCAUGAAUUCUUAUUGGUGAGCAGAAAGGGUCAGUUCUCUAUUGGUGGAUACAAGAGAAGAAUUCUUCUGAUCAGGUUAUUCUAGGUUUUGAAGAAAGGGUUUUUAGAAUUUUUGUGAAUUGGAGUGUUUGAUGUUUGGUUUUCUCUGAGGAGGUUAAGAAAUGUCAACUGAUUCAAACAUGGGUUAUAAUCAUGAUGCGAUUCUAGCAUCUGUGUUGAAUAAUCGUCAUUCGAUAUCGUUUCAGUCGGGUGCUGUAAACAGUAGCAGCUCAUCUGCAGAGAUGAUUCCUAUGAAUACUAAUUCUUAUGGUGGAGUUGCUGGGAUGUCGAAUGUUGGUAAUUCCGGUAUCAAUUUGAUGAACAACAACAGCAACCCUGGGUUUGUUAAUUCAGGCUUGAAUUCUAGUGGUGGUGGGAGUCUUAAUUAUGAAUCAGUUUCGGGGUUGAACCAUGAUUUAGAGUUGGCUGUUGAUUGGUCUCUUCCAGAGCAAACCAGAUUAGAAGAAGGCUUAGUAAGGUACGCGGAUGAGCCAAGUAUUAUGAGGUAUAUCAAAAUUGCAGCUUUACUUCCCGAUAAGACUGUUCGUGAUGUUGCUCUUAGGUGUAGAUGGAUGACGAAGAAGGAGAAUGGAAAGCGAAGGAAACAAGAAGAACAUUACAUGGGAAAGAAGGUGAAAGAUAGGAAGGAAAAAUUUGGGGAGUCAUCAUCACAGUUAAAUCUACCUCCAUCUCCAGCUCUAAACAUGAGUGCUUACGCCCUCAUGGCGCACCAUAUGGAUCAGAGUGAUCAAAUAUCAUGUGAAGUGCUAGGCAGCAGAACCAGGCAUCUUCUGGGUGAGAACAUUCAAAUUCUAAGCCAGAUCAAAGCUAAUCUUGAAACAUUUAAGAUACAUGACAAUGUCAAUCUGUUCUGCCACACGAGGAACAACCUUGCAGCCAUAUUAAACAACUUGAGAGAUAUGCCUGGAAUAAUGAGCCAAAUGCCUCCAUUACCGGUUUCAGUCAAUGAGGACUUGGUCAACUCUAUUCUACCUCAUACAGCAAUGUUCGGUUCAGCUAAUGGUAUCUAUAUGAAGCAAGAACCAAGAUGUUGAUACAUAGAGAUUCUAAGUAAUUGUAAUUUGUAACCUACAGUAGCAUAUUGAAACAAGACAGUAAUAUAAUUUUGUAUUAAUGUAACAUCUGAAGCUUGUGUGAGCGGUUUCUGGUAUUAUUUUUUGGACUCAAUUGCUGUGGUGGUUGUACUCAGCUCUUAGGACUCCAUUUUGUUUGAAGAUGAUUGUAAGAAAGAAGAUUCACCGUCACCAGAGAACCUCCAAUGCCAAGACAGCAUCAUACAGAGCUUUUUUUGGUACAUCAUGAAAGAGCUGAAGUAAAACCCGCAGCUGGUUGCAUGACUCAUUUUGUGUUGAAGAUGAUUGUAAGAAAGAAGACCCACUGUCUCACUCCGGAAGCUAGCAACGCCAAAAACAGCAUCGUUCAGAGCAUUUUUUGCUACAUCAUGAAAGAGCUAAUGGAUACAGAAGUAAAACUCGCAGCUGAUUAUGUUUUACAGCACUAAGGCUCUCGAAGAAAUGGCCAGAGAAGAAUGAUGGAACCAUAACUUGGCCAAGUACAGGUUUAGUCUGCAAUUAUUCAGAAGUUGUCAAGGCUCUUUUUCAUAUUAUGAACAUUCAAGUCUGUACAUAAGCAAUGAUUAGUGAUGUUAGCAGAGAGACCACCAUCUCUAAACCUACCAAUUAACAGUUUCUGUGUAUAAUUCUUAGAUUAUUGGACUCAUUUUGAGCAAGGCUGCUAAUGGGGGGUGCCAGGUUUAGUGAGAGUUAAAAAAAAUUGCAUUUGCUUUCAUUGAGAGUUGAACUCAAGACCUCCCGCUUACUAAACGGGUGCUCUAACCAACUGAGCUAUGAAAGCUGUUGCCAUAAGUUGUCUCAUACUUGUAUCCAAAAUGACCAGAAGGCUAUACUGGAUUUAUUAGCCUUUGACGUCUUCUAUAGUAGAAAGGUACCGAUCAGGGUUUAUUCCUUCAGACCUGCAGUUGUUGGAGCUGUGGCUUGAUUUAGUUAAAGGUUUAAUUGGGGUUUAAGAUCAUCAAUCUUCCUCAGUUGAUUUUGGGCAAAUGAAUAUGAAUAGAGGCGUUGUUGGUGACAAAUGGUCCAUGAGGAUUUUGUGGCUCUGUGCUAUUGGAAGUGCUGUAGGCUUGUGGAUGGUUGGUGUAGACAGACAGGCUCAGAACAGGUCUAUAGCGUUAGCUGAAAGCUUGAAGGCCGUGGAUGCUGCGGAUAGCCAAAGUGGUGAAGGGGCUUAAAGAAACAGUUAAAUCAUCUCAAUAUGCAUAGAUUGUCUCUAAAACCUUUUUGUAUGCAUCUUUGUAGUUCAAGUCAAAACGUUUGUGUUAGGUAUGACUGAAUUUGUGUCUUACUGUGGGUUGCAAAUGAAAGUUUGUUUUAGUAUUCUGGUUUAAUCUUCUCUGUCGUGAAACUAAACCUAGUAUGGUGCUAGGUUGUGAAUAAGCAAAUAACCCAAUACAAAAAUUCAGUAUGUUUCAUUAUCAUCUUUGUUGCCACUUGCUACUAUCACAUUGUGUUGAUGGAAAAUUACCUUGAAA